GUCAUUAUCUAAGGCGCAUUCAGGUGAGCUGUUGAUUGAAAUGUGCGUGCUUUAAUUCAAUAUAAGGUAAUGUCUUUUAUAUUAUCUUUUAGGUGUAUUUUUACGCGUUAAACAGAAUUGAAUUAUAAACACAUUUAUAAAUACUUAAAAAACAUAAAUAUUUGUACAUACUCUGGAUAAUAAAAAUUCGUUAAAUAUUUGAUUGCAUUAACACUCUAGGAACCCAUAGACAGUGUUGUUUUUUUUUUAGACAAUUUCCUUUGGAAGACUUUAAGAUUAAAACAAAAGUCGGUGGGGGGUGGGAGUUGGCAGAAUAACUAGCAAGAUGUUUGGCUGAGUAGGAGCAGAUGGGACAAAUGUCCUGGGGCGUCCGGCUAGUGGGUGAAGAAAAUAGCUAAUUAAUACAAAAUAAUUUGUUUCAGGGUUUAGGGAGAGCGUAAAAAUGAAUCAUAUUCUCUGGAUCAAAACAAUAUAGCUACGCCUCUGCUAGUGACCUAGAAAGGGGGCAAAUGGGAUGUUCUGCUAAGGUGACACUUUUCCUUUAUAUGGAGGCGUGACAAUUUCGGAUAAUUGUAUAGUUUAUAUUGUGAAAGUGAGUUUCUCCAAAGAGAAUUCAUUAUUUAAAAUCAAGAUGAGCAUAUUUGAGUGCACUAAAAUUUAAGUGUAUUUACUGAUCAUUGGAAAGAAAUUUUAAAGUGUCUUCUUGGGGAGGGGGCAAGAAUUAUGGGGUCUAGUGUCAUACAUAAAAUGAUUACACUCAAGAGAAAUCAUUUAGCUAACCCAUAUACUAAAACACGUCUUGUUACACUAAUCAGCGUGAGGGAUGAACAAUGCAGAAAUUGAAGGUCUCACGGACUCCCGGGCUAAUUCAAAAUACUGUGAUGCAUUUUGUACAUUCUUGAGUUCGGUGUUUCUUUCAGACUACAUUGAACGGAUAUUUCAGAUUUUCUGUUGGGAAGACCCAAGAUUAGCCAUACGAGUGAUCAAGGAUAUCUAUCUCCACCUCAGCUCAGCAUGAACUAAAUUCACUCCAGUUUUGGUGCCAUUCAUGGUUUGCUUUUUGCUAUGGGUUAUUCUUUUCCAAAAUCUUUAUAUAACCCAGAAUUUUUUUUAUAAAUUCAAAAUGCAAGAAUACAUUUUAGAACCUACACGUAUUUUGUUUAGCAACAUUCUACUUCAUCAAAGAGCACGGGAAGAGAUGCUAGUUAAAAAUUUUAGUGUCAUUUAAUAUCAGAGCCAUCGUGCUUUUUACUGCAGCCGCUAUGGCUUCAUAAGUACUCGGGUAUUUCAAAGAUUUUGUAAUUAUUAAUUUUGAAUGCAAGGUCGAUUAGAAUAGCACCUAAAACGUAGCAGCCGCUUUAAGAAUUAAAGCGACGGUCCUGUGGACCUACUUGUGGUAUAUAUUUCUUUUUAAAUAUUACAAUGGUUUUCAAUUUUUAUUGAAUCUUGAUUUGGGUUAACUUCUUAAAAAAUUAAACAAUUUGAAAUUUUUUUACAAAAGUAGAGCAUGACUUUCAAAAAAACAAAGAUUUUCAGCACAAAGAGCAUUGCCAGGAUCAUUUUAGAUGCUGAACUGAAAUUAACCAUAAAAUUUAAUCAUUACUUUUCUCAAUAUCACAAAGGUUUACAUGAGUCAAAGAGAAAAAGAAAAUCUGGUUUGUAUAAAGGUCUAUACCAUUUUAUGAGUUUUCAGUACUGAUAUUUGUUCAAAAUCUUAUACGAACUGAUUAAUUUUAUUAAGAAGAGAUUAGAUACUUACAAAAGAUAUAUUUAUUAAGGUGUGAUAUUUUUGAAAGAAAUUGUAUAAAAAUAAAGUAUAAAGUACCCAGCUGAUUGCAAUUAUUAUUUGUAAUUUAAAACAACUAUAACUUCCUGCCGAUAUAUUAAAAAUUAUAAAUUGCCUCUUCGGUAUACGUUUACAUAUUUUUUUUACAAGUUCCAGACAAUCCAUUUAUAAAUGGACGAUUUGGGGAUUUGAGAAAGAAGAAUUAUUUCUUAAAUUAAUACCAACAAUUUGUUUUCGGCAUGACAACGAGAACGUGAGUAGUGAACGCCUAACAGAAGGGACUUGGAAGCGUAAGUAAACUACAGUACCACAAAUACUUAAUAUACAUUAACUAGUUAUAGUUACUAGACAGGGAUGCUAUUUUUAUAUUAUACAAUGUUAUAACUAAUUUGCGUAUUGUUAUUAAAUAUUCAUAUUCAUGGGCUGAACCACGGGUGUUAUAUAAUCAUUCUAGAUUAAUUAGUCAUUCAUAAAGUAUAACAUAACCGUAUGUGUGUGAGUGCCAACGCAUGUAUAGGUGAUUACGGUGGUGCUUGGUUACUUGAUAGUGUAUCCUCUCAGUCGGUAUGGUGUACGUUCAGUGAUAGACCUGUAUGCGAGGAUAGGGAUGCAACCCCCUUUGGCAAUGGCAACAAUGUGUUUAUAGUUCAGGACGUAACAUAUAGUCUGGUUAGUUGUUGUAAUGGAAUUUCUGCAAAAUCGUAUUAUGAGAAAGGAAUUAAUUUUUUUCAGAAAUUGCUAUUGCUCUUUUAUAUAAGCUAUAAAUACAUUUUAUUUUUUCUUGUGAUUCAACCGUGUACACUUCUAAUCAUAUUUCAGAUUUAAAAAUUGGAACCAGCAAGACUUAAUAAAAGCCAAAAGAUAACACAUUUGAACUGAUUUAUGGAGUGGUGGCAAUAAAUAAAAAUAUAAACAACUUUAUUUGCCACGGGGGAGGAAAUAAAACAAAAAUAUAAAAUCAAAAAUUGAACAAAAAGAAAAAUGAAUAAACCAAUUGAUUUGAUAUCAAUGGGUUUAGUUACAAUUAUCAUGUCUAUUAUCACAUGUGUUGCAUCUACACCAAAUCAUAGUAAGUUUCAUGAUAUAACAUAUAUUUAUCAGUAGAAACAUGAUAUAUAAAAUAACUGGUUACUUUAAAAAUAUUGGAAUUACAUUUAUAAUAUUCUUUUCGUUUCUUUUUUUCGUUUUAAAUCUAGCAAUGGUGAUCAUAACUGUAUUUCUAUCCUUUAUCUAUGUGUAUGAUGUUUAAUACUAAUGAAUGUGCUGGAUACAACAACUACUCAUCUCUUUCAGCAAACAUACAACACUGUCUCUCGUUGUUUUUAAAACAUGGAACUGAUUUUUUAAAAACUUGUUUUAAUAGUUUAAAAAAAUAUUUUUUAAAUAAUUAAAAGCAAAUGUACGUUAAAUUUUAAAAGCAAUGUCAUUAAAAUAUUCACACAGUUAUUCCCCUUUUUUUUCGCAAUAUAAAUCGCAUGUUCUAAUUGUGUUCAACUUCUAGAUACAUCAAAAGAGAUGACUUUCUUUUUUCAUGACUAUGUUGAUGAACCUGGAGGAUACUUUCAAUGCACAGCGACAGGCUACCCGCAAACAAUCACCAUUGGCAGAAAGGGCUGGGGCGGCUUUUUAUCACAACAAUGUCGGAAAGGCACUCAAGAAGUCUCAACAUUAACUCACCAAGCACCAGAUGUCGGAUGUGAUUUUAUGGCCACCUACGUGUGUAAUGCAACGUACAACACCGAUGAAGUAAUAUCUAGAUAUUUAAAUGUUGCCUUCAAGAAAUGUAAGUAGAAAUUAGCAAAUCUUUCAUUUAAUUGUGAUAAUAUAGCAUACCGUUCGGUUUAAAAAAAAAAAAAAAAGUAAAUAAGUAGAAUUAUAAUUUAAAUUAAAUUAGCGACCUUUGCUGAAAAAAAAAACAUAUUAAAAUAUGAUUUAACCAUACAAUGGUUAAUUUGUCAUUUAUCAAAAUUCGAACAAAUAUGUUGAAGCUAAAGUCCGUUUAGAUUAUUUCAUAAAAGACAAUCCAAAGAGCGACAUAGCUAAGGAGAUGAGAACAAGGUGCGAUAUACUUUAUAUGACUAGGGAAUAAGUUAUUUGGGUUACCGCCAUAAAUUGACCGGCACACGCCAAAACAUUUUUUGGAAUAUGGAGUUUGGCCGCCCAGUUUUGGAAACGGCAUGAGGCAAGAGGCAACAAGAGGAAUGGAGAAAAAAAAACUUGGACAUAUCUGGUCUGGAUAAUUUUCAUACAUUAUACUAUUUAUAAAUUUAUACACUUUAUAAUUCACUUUUAAUAACUAAGCUAUCGAACUAGCGUAAACAAUAUGCUAAUUAUCAUUAUAAUUACUUGGAACAUGGCCACACCUCCCGGCCAAAGUAUGAAAUUUCCGGAAAUUCGGGAACUUGGCAAACCUCAGGCUUCGGACGUAACAUAUGUAUACCAAAAUGCCUUUAUAGUAAUAAAAUUUUCAUCAAACUAAACUGAUAUUUUUUAACAAUAUUUCCAGGUGUCCCAGUUAUCAAAGAGGCAUCAGAGCGCAAAACCAUUAAAAUCUUUCAUUAUUACACAAUUGAGUCAUUUUCUCAGGAAUAUAGUUCUAAUAAAACAUCUGUAAUGUCCUCCAUUGGAAUUCCAUGGAUAAUUUGUAUCACUAUUUUUCAACACUUUUAAUUUAAGCACACGAUGAGACUCACAAUUGAAAGUUACUGGAAUGUCGAAAAAGAGUUAAAUAUUUUUUAAAAUGCACUUAGAAUCUAUUUAGUUCUUACAUCUAGGGAUUUGCAAUAUGUUUCAUCAGUUUUGUUUUGUACUAAAUAAGCUAAAUAAAUUUUAGGUUGAUUGAAUGAGGGAAAUUCAAAGUAACAAAUUAUUUUUUUAAUUUCUUAAAACAAAUAUUAUAGAUUUCCUAAUGACAAUUUUAAAAACUGUAUAAUUGAAGAGAACUGCAUUUUUACACCAACCAUAUGAUCUGAUAAAGAUAAGGGUUGAGGAUGAAUAGAAAAUAGUGGUAAAAAUAACAUCAACCGGGGAAUAAUCUCAAUCAAGUAUUGGAAAAUUUCAACGAAAACUAUUAAUCACUGACAUAUAUAUCUUUAAAAUAUGACAAAGAUUUCUUUAAAUCUGUGCUUAAAGAUGGGCAUUUUCUAUGAAUAAAAGA